AUGCUUUCAAAAAUUUAUUCGUUUUUUGUUUUGAUCAACUUGGUUUUCGCUGCGAAAUUUCACAGUACAUCAGAAGAUUUAGUGAGUUUGCUCAAGAAACUCUACAGCUUAAUUCGUUUUUCAAACGUUUUAGUUAUGCAAAAAGACACUGGAUGUUGAAAAAUUCGAUCGUGAUGUUGUGGUGAUUUUGGAGAACUCGAAAGAUCCGAUGAUACAUGCUGCAAGUCUCGACACACUUUGUUGGAUCAAAAAAGUAAAAAAUAAAGAAAAAACAUAUUCUCUAGAAAAAAUCAAGUUUUUUCAGAUUUUCGAUGUGACUGAAAUUUACAACAGUACAAAAGAGACAGUCUGUUAUCACGCACAUUCGGUAAAUUUCAAUUUUUAAUGAAAAUCAAGAUCUAUGUUGAUAUUUUAGAUCUACGUGAAACCUGGCAAUCUUUUAAUUGUGAUAUCAGAAGGCGGUCAAACUUCGAAAUGUCCUUUGGCUAUUUACGGACCAGUUCCAAAUGUUAUUUAUGCCAAUAAUUUUGUGAUUCAAGAGGGAGAAAGCAGCUAUCUUCGAACUAUGGAAUUGAUUUUUAGAAAUACUGGGGGAUUUGUGGGGUAAGUGUGGUCGAGUUGGAUUCUAGGCCAGAGGAAUUUCACGGGGUUGCGAGAUAUCACGUGGCAGUUCACGAUUUUGAAGCCAAAUGAAUCAUAUAAAUUUGUUGGGUUACUGUAGAUUAAGAUUUCUGGCGCCACAAAGGUGUACUGUAAAUCAAGAGUUUUGAAGAAAUGGUAAAAAAAAAGUAUUUUCAGCCUAACAAUCGAUCUUCAAAGAGAUGGUGCAGCUUCUCGAAUCAAGAAAAUUCUCCAUUUCUACUUGCAAAAUUUAGAUGUUAUAACUCCAUUUUAUAAAGUUCUAAUUCCAUGGUGGAAACCAAUAAUUCGUUUGCCACCUGAUAUUUAUUUAAAAUAUCGACAAGAAAAAAUGAUGAAAAAGGAGAGCGGUGCAUUCAAUUCGACGAUUAUUAUGAUAUCUUGUAUUCCAAUGUUGACAUUGGCUAUUGGAUUAUCACUUUAUUUGGUUAUUCAUCCGGUAAGGGGUUUUUUUUGAGAACUAAUGGAUCAACAUUAAAAAGUACAUUAUUUUCAAAAUUAUUAAGUUUUUUUUUGAAACAGUGGAAAUUUUAGAAAGCAUUUCUUCGAAGUUUUGGGAACAGAACAUUUUUCCAAAAUGUGUAUGGAGAUUUCUUUAUAGCAACACAAGAAAGAGAAAAUUUAUUAUUGUACAUUUCAUGAAAAAGUACAUUUUUUCUACCAAAAAACCAAUGUAGAUUAAAAAUUUUAAAAAAUUAGAAUUCUUUCUUUCGUGAAACAGUAAAAUUUCACAUACGAUUUUUUUUCGAAAAUCGUGAAACUGCAGAAUUAUUUUUUUUUAUGAAAUCUUCAAAUUUCUCGAAAUGAAACAAUAUUACUCUAGUUCUUAUGAAAAUUUUCCAGCGAAGCGCCUUGAAAUAUUCUGACGAAGAAAUCGAUUUUGAAGUCAUUGAAUUCGCCGACGAUGCUCCAACGAUUCCACCAAAUCUACCAAAUUUGCCCAUCAAAAAUCCUCCAGCACCACAAAAUUCAAAUGACAAAGAAAUUCGUUUGCCAGUCACAAAAACCAGCGAAGAUAUCAAAACCAAUUCAACAAUGAAAUCGGAAAAAGAUGAAAAAUUGAAACUUGAAGUCAAAAAUUCGCAUGACACGGUAACAAACAAUUCCUAGAUCUUGGAAAAAUAAAAAAUAAUUUUGCAGCUCCACCACAAGAAUUCGAGUAUUCGCUUGGCUCCAGUCAAUUUCCCAGAAAUUCCAAUCGAUAAAACGCCAAUUUCAAACAAAUAA